UUUAUCAAUAAGUGCAUUGAGGAGUACACCACAUCAGUCACUGGCUUUAUCAAUAAGUGCAUCGAGGAUGUCGUCCACACAGUGACUGCACGUACAUACCCCAACCAGAAGCCAUGGACUACAGGCAACAUUCACACUGAGGUAAAGCGUAGAGCUGCCGCUUUCAAGGAGCGGGACUCUAACCCGGAAGCUUAUAAGAAAUAUCGCUAUGACAAACCAUCAAACAGGCAAAGCGUCAAUACAGGACUAAGAUCAAAUCGUACUACACUGGCUCCGACGCUCGUCGGAUGUGGCAGGGCUUGCAAACUAUUACAGACUACAAAGGGAAGCACAGCCGAGAGCUGCCCAGUGACACAAGCCUACCAGACGAGCUAAAUAACUUCUAUGCUCGCUUUGAGUUAAGUAACACUGAAACAUGCAAAAGAGCACCAACUGUUCCGGAUGACUGUGUGAUCACGCUCUCCACAGCCGAUGUGAGUAUGACCUUCAAACAGGUCAACAUUCACAAGGCCGCUGGGCCAGACAGAUUACCUGGACGUGUACUCCGAGCAUGCGCUGACCAACUAGCAAGUGUCAUCACUGACUUUUUCAACCUCUCCCUGUCUGAGUCCGUAAUACCAACAUGUUUCAAGCAGACCACCAUAGUCCCUGUGCCCAAGAACACUAAGGUAACCUGCCUAAAUGACUACCGACCCGUAGCACUCACGUCUGUAGCCAUGAAAUGCUUUGAAAGGCUGGUCAUGGCUCACAUCAACACCAUUUUCACAGAAACCCUAGACCCACUCCAAUUUGCAUACCGCACCAACAGAUCCACAGAUGAUGCAAUCUUUAUUGCACUGCCGUUUCACACCUGGACAAAAGGAACACCUAUGUGAGAAUGCUAUUCAUUGACUACAGCUCAGAAUUCAACACCAUAGUGCCCUCAAAGCUCAUCACCAAGCUAAGGACCCUGGGACUAAUCACCUCCCUCUGCAGCUGGAUCCUAGACUUCCUGACGGGCCGCCCCCAGGUGGUAAGGGUAGGUAACAACACAUCCGCCACGCUGAUCCACAUCACGGGGCCCCUCAGGGGGGCGUGCUCAGUCCCCUCCUGCACUCCCUGUUAACUCAUGACUGCACGGCCAGGCACAACUCCAACACCAUCAUUACAUUUUCUGAUGACACAACAGUGGUAGGCCUGAUCACCGACGACAAUGAGACAGGCUAUAGGGAGGAGGUCAGAGACCUGACCAUGUGGUGCAAGGACAACAACCUCUCCCUCAACGUGAUCAAGACAAAGGAGAUGAUUGUGGACUACAGGAAAAAGAGGACCGAGCACGCCCCCAUUCUCAUCGAUGGGGCUGUAGUGGAGAGGGUUGAGAGCUUCAAGUUCCUUGGCGUCCACAUCACCAAGAAACUAACAUGGUCCAAGCACACCAAGACAGUCGUGAAGAGGGCACGACAAACCUAUUCCCCCUCAGGAGACUGAGAAGAUUUGGCAUGGGUCCUCAGAUCCUCAAAUGAUUUUACAGCUGUAUCAUCGAGAGCGUCCUGACGGGUUGCAUCACUGCCUGGUAUAGCAACUGCUUGGCCUCCGACCGUCAAAGACUCCAGCCACCCUAGUCAUAGACUGUUCUCUCUGCUACCGCACCUAUGUGACAAAUAACAUUUGAUUUGAUUUGAAAUAAGUAUUUCUCUUUCAGAAUACCUUUCUCUAUAUCUCUGUCUGUCUGUCUUACCAGCAUUUCUGCUGCUUACAUUAUUAAUUGGAAUGAUUAUUAUUAGCAUUUUAUGCCCCCCCCCAUAUCAUAAUGCAUUGGCAUUUUGAAGAAGCAGAUCUCCAGACAUGCACUGUAGAUGUUUGCCUCAGUGUGCGGCUACUAGUUCAAAUAACCUUUAUCACUAGCAGGCGAGACCGGCUGGGAACUGUCAUGUUUUGUAAAUGUCCCAUCGCGGGUUCCGUACUAAUAGCAGGACGUGUAUUUAUUUAUUUAUUUAUGGUAUUUAUAGUGGAGAGUUGACGGCAAACCAGGAAAUGUGAACACUUUGUUGUGACUCUUUUGACAAUUUCUAACAUUAGAAAUGGCAGAGUUACGUUUGGAUUUAGACAGUCAUCUACAUUAUGGGCUAUUUGACAGCGAUUUAGCCGAUAUUUGCAUUGAUCAUGAUGGCGAAUGGGACAUCAACCUGUUGAAAGAACUUGAAAACCUAAGUGAUGCAGAAGAGCUGCUUCAAGAAUUUGAGUUCACACCACCUAAUGAAACAACACUGCAACAAGAGGUGAAUGACAUUAAUCUGUUACAAUGGAGAUCCUUCGCCAGUGGAGAUACUGACGGUUGCUGCACAGAUGUAGGAGUGCCUGGGUCCUCCCUAUCAUCUGGAUCUGCGGUUAGUGAUACCUCCUCACUGUCACCACUAUCCCUGAAACAGGAAGAUGAUGUGUCUAUGCAGCCUUUACCGACUAUGUUGUCUCCUGAAAAGAAAAUACACAAGCGAGUCAGCCCAUCUCCCAGAGCCAAGCGACCCGCCCACCCAAACCAGAGGGUGUCCAUUCAGCCCAAACUUCCCCCCGCUGUCCUCCUCACCCAACCCUUGGCCCCUCUUCUCAAAACCAGGACCAUUGUCAUCCAGCCCGUUGGCCUGCAGACUGUGGUCUCAGUGAUCAAGGAUCCACCGCACGUGACUGUGCAUGCUACUGUACCCUCUACUGCAGCAGUUCCCACGAUGCAUCUCCAGCCGAGACUGUUGAUUGGACCCCAGAUCGCUUCCCCAGCCCCUCCCCUUCUCGCUGUCACCAACCAGGUGUUCACCAUGCCAAUUGUACCCCAUCAUGUUACCAUGGAGACCACUGCUGUUUCUGGCCCCACCCAUCCCAUGGCAAUGACCUAUCACAACACAGCUGUGGACACUGAGGCCCGAGAGUCUGCAACACCACUAAGCAAGGGGCACCACCAAACAAGCGGCACUAUGAAGACCAAGGAGCUCUCCAAACAGGUGUGUGUAGAGCGGCGGCAGCAAAGGAUGGUGAAGAACCGUGAGUCGGCCACGCUGUCUAGGCUGAGGAGGAAGGAGGCGCUGCAGGCCCUGGAGGCCCGUCUCAGGGGGGCGCUGUGUGAGAACCAGAGGCUGCUCGUGGAAAACGGAUCCCUCAGAACCCAGCUGGACGGACUGCUCACUGAGAACACUGUGCUGAAGGUGACUGCUCCAAAGAGACGGGCUGUGUGUCUCAUGGUCAUCCUGGUGUUCUUCGUGCUCAACACUGGUCCCCUGAGUGUGUGGGAGUCAGAGCCCAGCAGCUCCAGUCUGUCCACGGGGACGCCACAAAGCAGCCGACAUCUGCUCAGCUUCUCCCCCGACCAACAACAGAGGAGAGGGGAGGAAACACCAGCCCCCCAGUCCCCAUUGGAGCCGAUGGACGCCCAGUACCCACAAUCUCACCAAUCCCAGGACAGAUGGGAGGACUAUGCUCCAGAGGAGAUGGCUUCCCUCUCUCCUGUCUCCAGGACCAAGUCCCUCCGUCUGGCUCAGAACCUGAGAGGCUGGGUUCAUCGACACGAAGAGGAGAGGACCAAGUCCACACGUUCUACCACCAAUCAAUCCAGACAUACAACAACUGAACAGCACACAACCAAAACUGUCCUGAAGUCACCUGAGAGGCCUCAGACGACCCAGUCCAGUAACCAGGUGGUAACAGUCAGCUACUCUGACAGACCAGGAAGUGAGGUUCUGGUGUACUACUCACACCAUCAAAGCUACAGCGACUUCUUCGAUGAGUUAAAUCGACGAGGCGAUACUUUCUAUAUGGUGUCCUUUCGCCGGGAUCACCUUCUGCUCCCUGCGACCAACCACAGCAAAGGGAGAAGGCCAAAAAUGUCCUUGGUGUUACCAGCUAUUAAUGUGAAUGACUCUGUCAUCAAGGAUGACAAAUUUGAGGUGAUGAUGCAGAUUGACUGUGAGGUCAUGGACACCAAGAUCCUCCACAUCAAAACCUCCAGCAUCCCAGAGUUCCUACGUGCCAACACCACUGACUUCCAGGCUGCAGCAUCGGUUGGUGUUCUAUCAGACUCUGCACUGAAUAUAUACCUGCCAAUCUGAAAGCCUAUAAUUUAGCCAACAUUUUGAUAUAUUGAUAAACUGUGACAAUAAAUGUAGCUCUGUUGUAUCCUCUCUGGAAAUGUUCUGCAUCAAUUUCGCACAUCCUCUGUCUUUCACAUUUCACAAGUCCUUGUACCUCCGAUGUUAUAAAUCUAUCAAGACUUAUAAAGAAGUUGUCCAGCAACUGUUUGCCUCCAUAUUGCUUGGUUUAGAGCAUCUGGUUUAUGUUAAAUUGACAGGCUGCCAAUGCAGGCAUCAAGGUCAUUUGUUAGAAUAAAUAUGGGACUUAAUGUUGAACCCUGUGUAACCCCUUCAAAAAAUUCCUUCACUGUCUUGACCCUACAGCUAUUGCGCUCUUUUAAUUGAGCCAUAAUUUUACCAAAUGUAACCUAAUACCUUUAUACAAAACAGUAAUUGAUUCUGGACCCUAUUGAUGGAACCAAGCCACGUUCACAAGAUCCUUUUCACAUAUAUUAAAGUUGUUAAUAGACAUAUCUGGUGGAGUUAUGAUUCUUACUUUUUAUGAAGCCAUGUUGAGUGAACAAAAUGACUUACUAAAAUCCCAAACAAUGUAAGCAAUACAUUUACAUUUUUGUAAUUUAGUAGAUGUUCUUAUCCAGAUCAACGUACAGUUUGUGCAUUCAUCUUAAGAUGGCUAGGUGGGACAACCACAUAUCAGAGACAUAGUAAGUAUGCUUUCCUCAGUAGUUAUCAGGAAAGUCAGCUAGAAAGGGGUGGGGGGUCAAGUGCAAGUGUGGUUCAGUUGAAUGGAUAUUAUUUUUGUGCAGUAGCAGUAUCACACAAACAUGAUGUAAGGUAUGAUGUUAUUUUUGUGCAGUAGCAGUAUCACACAAACAUGAUGUAAGGUAUGAUGUGGCCAUUAUUUUCAGAAAAGUGUACAUUUUGGGUGUAAAAAUGAAUUUGUUUUGUUUGAGUUGCUUAAUGGUUUGUCAUGGUUUUCAGAGUUUUUCAGAAAUAAAACCAUGGACAGUAACAUGUUCUAAUACUGA